UUGAUCUCCACCUUGACUAUCACAUUCCCACUAAUUUGAAGCACGAGCUCGUCUCUUCGCCAUGACCAUUUCCAUCCUUGAACAAAUAUAUAAAGUUGAGUAAGCUUUAACCUUCUUCUCCCACUCGAGAGUAGCUAAGAACUGUCAAGAAAAGAAGAGAAAAAUGGAAGCUGCGAGUUUCUCGAAGUCAGUAUUUCUCGACUUGGCUGUGAUGAUUUGUAUUCUGGGAGCUCUGGGGAGAUUGGUAAUGGCGCAAGAUCAAUCGAAGCUGACGUUGAGCUACUAUGAUAAAUCUUGCCCAGCUGCGCAGCAGAUUGUGCGCAAGGAGAUGGAUUGUGCUGUGCGUCAGAAUCCGCGCAAUGCAGCUGCAAUCCUUCGACUUCACUUCCAUGACUGCUUUGUUCAGGGAUGUGAUGGAUCUGUACUACUGGAUGACACAGCGACACUGUUAGGAGAGAAGACCGCCUCUCAAAAUGUGAACUCUCUGAUCGGUUUCGAUCUUGUAGAUCGCAUCAAGAACCAGCUCGAAGGAGAGUGUCCUGGAGUUGUAUCAUGUGCUGAUUUGCUUGCUAUAGCAGCAAGAGAUGCAGUCCUUUUGGUUGGGGGACCUUAUUGGGAUGUUCCGGUCGGACGGCAGGACGCAAAGACUGCAAGCCUGGAGCUAGCAAAUACUGAUAUCCCCACCCCAAACCAGAACCUUGUCACCCUCAUAGCCAAGUUCAUUGGUAAAGGUCUGUCAACACAAGAUCUGGUGGCUCUAAUAGGGUCGCACACCAUUGGAAUGGCAAGGUGUGUGAAUUUCAGAGAUAGGAUCUACGGAGACUUUGUAGCUACAUCACAAUUUGACCUGGGCUCCAAAAUCUAUCUAAGUAAGCUGCAAUCAAUCUGCCCUGAGAUUGGACAUGACAGCAAGAUCUCCCCAAUGGACUAUGUCAGUCCGAACGUUUUCGACAACAUUUUCUACCAAUCUUUACUAAAAGGCGAGGGGCUACUUAAUUCAGACCAGGAAAUGUACACGAGCCUUGUCGGGUUCGAGACCGCCGAUCUCGUAAAGACCUACGCUGUGGACCCUAUAAUCUUCUUCAAGCACUUCUCUGAUGCAAUGGUGAAGAUGGGAAACAUUACCAAUCCACUAGGAGGUGAAGUAAGAAAGAACUGCAGAUUUGUCAACACAUAAGGAGAUUGGGAGGAAGACAAUUGGGGCACUGAGUUGUUCAUCUAGUAAAUUGUAUUCCAACAUAAUGUGACAAUAAACAUGUAUUGGAGGUUUGUAUGAGAACAUAGAAAUAUCUUGACGGAUAUUCUU